AUGUCAACGACAGUGUACAGUAAUAGUCAUCAUGAUGAUGAUGAAAUAAAUGACAAUAUGUCCGACGAAGAAGAAUGGUCACGAGAAACUAUACGUAUUACUAACCAAUGUGUUUCUAUACCCAGCAAUGGUAACUACUAUCAACCAUACGAUUUCCACAGAAGACUUGUUUGUUAUGGCGACGGUGGUAGCCUGUAUCUUGAAUAUCCAGUUUGGAUACGUGGUUGUCUAUCAGAAGAUAGCAAUUAUUUGGGAAAUAAUCCAAGAGAAGAGCUAUUAGAAGGAUUUUAUGCAUUGAAUAAUAAACAAGAAGAUUUUCAUAAAUAUCCAUCACCAGUUGAAGAUAUCAUUGAUCCUGAUCUAUUGGUGUGUAAACCUAUAAAACCACCAUUGCCUCCGUCGUUACCAAUUCGUGAUUAUAAUGAUGAUGAAUAUGAUUUUGAGGAAAAGCAUAAAUUGGAAUAUGAGCUAUGUAACAGAUGGAAUUAUGAUACCUUAACUUUACGUGGAUCAUAUCAAUGGAUACCAAGUGAAUUUCGCAUUUGUCAUGGUGACAAUGAUGAUUGUGAAGUGCAUAUUGAAACACCGAUUAGCCAUUUGCCAAUGACUGAAGAGUAUGCCAAGACAUACAAAAAUUUAGAGAAAAUAUUUGCAAAAUUCGUGCCUAUGUUUGGAGAAAUAUUACAUUUCGAUAAAAAGAAGGGUGAUACACGGCUGCAAGUUAUUUUAAAAGUGCAAAGUUAUAAUAUUCAACCGAGAAUGAAAUAUUCUGGUCGUUGGCAUACUGAAGGCCGUACUGAAAACAUACAGGCAGUUGGUGUAUACUACUUGUUCAUUGAUGAUGAAUUAGAAGGUGGUGCGUUAAAGUUCCGUCCAUCAGUAGCACCGUCAGAAAGUUAUGCUGACAUAUGGCGCAUUGAAGUUAACCGUUAUGUAAUGCCAGAAACAGACACAGCUAUUGUUUUUGAUAAUUCUCUACCGCAUCGUUUCUGUUCAAUACGCAAUACAACAUCCAUUGCUCGUCGUCGUACUUUUCUCAACUUUUUUGUUGUAUGUCCUCAUAACCCAAUCAAAGAAAUAUCAAUUUCAAAUUUACCGUUAAUUAGUUAUGAACGAUGUUUAACGCUCUUGAAAAGUAUUGAAGACGAGAAUAAUCAACAGAAAUUGCCAGAUUUGGUUAUUGAAAAAAUUCUUUCAUUUCUGAAACAGAAUAUGUGGAAGACUGAUAUAAAUGCAAAAGAAUUUCGUUCACGUGUUAGACAUGAAAUGCUGAACGAGAAGACUGGUUGGAGUGGUGUUCAGUAUGGGAAUACCGGUGAUAUUGUGUUUAUCAAGUCAAAUAAUGACUGGAAUAUUAAGAAAAACCACAGACUUUAUCGUGAUAUGAACGGCUUAGAACAUACAGAAUCUGACUGA